UAUAAGCUUGUGGUGCGCUCAGAGGAGUAGAAAGUAAGCCAGUCUUGACAGGCAAAGUGUAAUACGGAAUCAGUCCAGCUAACCAAGCAAGAUGUACGCGAAACUCGCUCUUAUCUCCCUCCUGGUAGCCGUCGUCGUUGCUUCUCCAACCCCCGGCGGUGGCGGACACCACAAACACGUGACCAUCCACGUGCCAUACAAGGUGCACACCAUCCAUCACCACCACGUCUCAAAAGUGCACGUUCCCGUGCAUGUCCCGGUCGUGAAAGAAGUCCCGGUGAUUAAGGAGGUGCCCAUCAUCCAGCACGUCCCUGUGCCGGUGUACAAGCAUGUACCUGUCCCUGUGGUGAAACACGUUGAGGUUGAGAAGAAGGUGUACCUACCAGUGCAUGAAGAGCAUCAUGGAUGGGAGGGCGAGUCGUUGUCGCACGGCUGGAACUGAUGGACUAUACUUUUUUUUAGUUUAAGGAUUCUUAGGUUAAGAAACCACACAUCGGCCGCCAAGAAUACGAAGUCACACGAAAUCAUCCCGAACUUUUCCGAAGUCAUUCCGAAGUUUCCCGAACCCAAUUUAGAGGAUAUGGAAUUUAUGCUUAGUAUGCAUUAUGUUAUGUGACGUCAUUUUACAUUGAAGGACAAAGUAAAAAAGAUUGUUUUAAAAUCGUAAUAUCUAAGGGAUUGUUUUAGAAUCUAAAAAUAUUGUUAUAUAUCUAUCCUUCAGGACCUGGUAACGGCUCUUAAAAAGUUAUGAUCAGCUUUCUAAGGGCUACUACUAGACGUAGAAAAUAUUACAAAAAGUCUCGGAUCAACGUCACUAUAACUAAGUGUAUGCUGAAUGUAUUUUCUCUAGGCCAGUUUUAAAGAACUUUGUAACUGUUUUGUCAAUAUCAUUCCAAUUACUAAUUCAGUGUGAAUGAAA